CUUUUCAUCUCUUCUCCGGUGGUCACUAUGAGAUCAUUGGUGCACCAGUCCCUCGAGAUGAUGGAUCUUCUGCUCCACGUAGAAAGAUCACCUGUGGUGGAAAGCGGUCCGCCAGCCAUUAGUCGGCUGCUUGAGAGCGGUUAAUUGUGCCUACAGCGUGGUUCUUCUUGUUUCGUGGUUCCUUCUCAACACCGUGACCUUCGCAGAGUCUCUCAACCAUGACUACAGAAACGAGCACAAAGGAGAACAACUCUUUCGUCCUUCGGGGCAUCAAAGAUGUCACGUUCGAGGAACGACCAGUCCCUAAACUCGCCGGCCCUCACGACGUCCGUCUCCAGGUCAACUACACCGGCAUCUGCGGUUCGGAUGUACACUAUUGGCAACAUGGCCGGAUAGGACAUUUCGUGGUCAAGGACCCAAUGGUUCUCGGUCAUGAAUCCGCAGGAACAGUGGUCGAGGUCGGUGAAAGUGUCAAGAGCCUGAAAAAGGGCGACCGUGUCGCAAUGGAGCCUGGUGUUCCCUGCCGGCGUUGCGUACGGUGUAAGGAGGGCAAAUACAACCUGUGCUUUGAGAUGUCAUUUGCAGCCACGCCACCAUAUGACGGAACACUGGCAAAGUACUAUGUUCUGCCGGAAGAUUUAUGCUACAAGCUGCCUGAAUCGCUAAGUCUGGAAGAGGGCGCAUUGAUGGAACCGCUCGCAGUUGCAGUACAUAUAACGAAACAGUCGGGACUGAAACAGAGUGAUACCUGUGUCAUUUUUGGUGCCGGUCCCGUUGGUUUGUUAUGCUGCGCAGUGGCCAAAGCAUUUGGUGCGAAGAAAGUGGUUGCUGUGGACAUCAACCGGGAAAGACUCGACUUCGCAAAGUCAUACGCUGCGGACUCGACUUUCGAGCCUUUCAAGGUCUCAGCCCCAGAGAACGCCCAGAGACUGAUCAGUGAAAAUGCUCUUGGUGCGGGCGCUGACGUGGCUAUCGAUGCCAGUGGCGCGGAGCCAAGUGUGCAAACGGCAAUCCAUGUACUUCGCGCGGGCGGAAGUUACGUUCAAGGCGGUAUGGGACGAGACGAAAUCACUUUCCCAAUCAUGGCCGCCUGUACUAAGGAAUUGACGGUAAAAGGGAGUUUCAGAUACGGGUCCGGUGACUACCAGACUGCCGUGGAUUUGGUGAGUAGUGGCAAGAUUGACGUGAAGAAGUUGAUCAGCAGGAAAGUCAGCUUUGAAGAUGCAGAACAGGCGUUCGAGGACGUGAAGGCUGGAAAGGCCAUCAAAGUCCUAAUCGAAGGGCCGAAAUAGGAGGUGGUGAUUGCCGAUUCUCAAAAAGAAAUUGAAUGGGUUUGCCGAGAAAGUCUUUACUUCUUCAUUUUAUGGACGUGUCCUGGAUUUUCGGUCUUUGUGACUCAUGCUGUGCUGAUUGUCGAACAGUCAUAAGUGCAUUCUGGUCGUAACGCCUGGAACCGCCGUGAAUUUCUUGGGUCGACUGGUUUUUGUGCGGUCCUGGAUGCCUGUUGCAAUUCC